CCCGCCCGGCCCGCACCCGCGCCCAAGAUGUCGGCGCGGACGCCAUUGCCCACGGUCAACGAGCGGGACACGGAGAACCAUACGUCGGUGGACGGAUAUCCUGAGCCACACAUCCAGCCAUCCAAAUCUAACAGCAGACAGAACAUCCCACGGUGCCGAAACUCCAUCACGUUGGCCACAGACGAGCAGCCCCACAUUGGCAAUUACCGUUUACAGAAAACCAUAGGGAAGGGCAAUUUUGCCAAAGUGAAGUUGGCAAGGCAUGUCCUCACUGGUAGAGAGGUGGCUGUGAAAAUAAUAGACAAAACUCAGCUAAAUCCUACCAGUCUACAAAAGUUGUUUCGAGAAGUACGAAUAAUGAAGAUCCUGAAUCACCCUAAUAUAGUAAAAUUAUUUGAAGUUAUUGAAACAGAGAAGACCCUUUAUUUAAUCAUGGAGUACGCGAGCGGGGGUGAAGUAUUUGAUUACUUAGUUGCCCAUGGAAGAAUGAAAGAAAAAGAGGCCCGUGCAAAAUUUAGGCAGAUUGUGUCUGCUGUACAGUAUUGUCAUCAAAAGUGCAUCGUUCAUCGUGAUCUUAAGGCUGAAAACCUUCUCCUUGAUGCUGAUAUGAAUAUUAAAAUUGCUGACUUUGGUUUUAGUAAUGAAUUCACAGUUGGGAACAAAUUGGACACAUUUUGCGGGAGCCCUCCCUACGCUGCGCCUGAGCUUUUCCAAGGCAAGAAGUACGAUGGGCCCGAGGUGGACGUGUGGAGCCUGGGGGUCAUUCUCUACACACUUGUCAGCGGCUCGCUGCCCUUCGACGGCCAGAACCUGAAGGAGCUGCGGGAGCGGGUCUUGCGUGGGAAGUACCGGAUCCCCUUUUAUAUGUCCACGGACUGUGAGAACCUGCUCAAGAAACUCUUAGUAUUGAAUCCCAUAAAGAGAGGCAGCCUGGAACAAAUCAUGAAAGAUCGGUGGAUGAAUGUUGGUCAUGAAGAAGAAGAACUAAAGCCAUAUUCUGAGCCUGAACCAGAUUUCAAUGACACAAAGAGGAUCGAUAUCAUGGUCACCAUGGGCUUUGUACGAGAGGAGAUCAAUGAUGCCUUAAUAAAUCAGAAGUAUGAUGAUGUCAUGGCUACUUACAUUCUUCUUGGUCGAAAGCCACCGGAACUUGAAGGUGGCGAGUCACUGUCAGGUGGGAGCCUGUGCCCUCGGUCGCGGCCUAGCAGUGACCUGAACAAUAGCUCCCUGCAGUCUCCGGCCCACCUGAAGGUCCAGCGGAGCAUUUCGGCCAACCAGAAGCAGAGGCGCUUUAGUGACCAUGCUGGCCCCGCCAUCCCUGCUGCUGUCUCCUACACCAAAAGGCCACAGGCCACCAGUGUGGAGAGUGAGCAGAAGGAGGAGUCAGACCGCACCCUGGCCCGGAAGCUGGGCAGCACCACAGUGGGUUCCAGGAGCGAGAUGGCCACCAGCCCACUCGUGGGCCCCGAGAGGAAAAAGUCCUCCACGAUCCCCAGUAACAAUGUGUAUUCAGGGGGCAGCAUGGCACGAAGGAACACGUAUGUCUGUGAGCGGACCACUGACCGCUACACAGGCCUGCAGAACGGCAAGGACAGCAGCCUCACAGAGAUGUCGGCCAGCAGCCUUGCCUCUGCGGGCUCCUCAGUGGCAUCUGCCAUCCCGUCAGCACGACCCCGCCACCAGAAGUCCAUGUCUGCCUCCAGCCACCCCAUCAAAGUGCCACCAUCAACCAUCAAGGAUGGUGCCGAGGCCUACAGGCCCGGCACCACGCAGCGGGCGCCUGCUGCCUCCCCAUCCGCGCACAGUAUUAGCGCCAGCACCCCGGACCGAACACGCUUUCCCCGAGGUAGCUCCAGCCGAAGCACCUUCCAUGGUGAGCAGCUCCGGGAGCGCCGCAGCGCUGCCUACAAUGGGCCUCCCGCCUCGCCCUCGCACGAGCCAGGCGCCUUUGCACAUGCCCGAAGGGGCACUUCCACUGGCAUCAUUAGCAAGAUCACGUCCAAGUUCGUCCGCAGGGAUCCAAGUGACGCCGAAGCCAGUGGCAGAACCGAUGUCUCCAGAAGCACAGCCGGGGAGCCAAAAGACCGAGACAAGGAAGAGAGCAAAGACUCCAAGCCGCGCUCAUUGCGUUUUACGUGGAGCAUGAAGACCACCAGUUCCAUGGACCCCAACGACAUGAUGCGCGAGAUCCGCAAAGUGCUGGAUGCCAAUAACUGCGACUAUGAGCAGAAGGAGAGGUUCUUGCUCUUCUGUGUACAUGGUGACGCCAGACAGGACAGCCUGGUGCAGUGGGAAAUGGAGGUGUGCAAGCUGCCAAGGCUGUCCCUCAACGGGGUCCGCUUCAAGCGCAUCUCCGGCACGUCCAUUGCCUUUAAGAAUAUUGCCUCGAAGAUAGCAAAUGAGCUCAAACUCUAAGCCCAGGAACUUGGCGUUCACAGGAUCAGGGACGCUUCCCCCUGGAGGUGGAGGUUCGGUCUCGGAAUGUACUGGUCGGUCGUGCCGACCGCGAUGGGUCCGUGAAUCUCCCUCCCACUCUCGAAUCUGCCCUUUAAUGCAAUAAGGUCAUACCUAGUUAUGAACUGCCCGAGACAACGUCCUUAUGAACUAUCAUACAUAUCUGUAGCUAAAACAAAACACAAAACCAGAAACAAGCAAAACAAAAGUAGGUUCACAUGUACAGGUAAGUAUAUUGUGUAUUUUUGUUCAUUUUCUGUUCAUAGAGUUGUAUAAUAAAACAGAUGAUGGCUUCAAACCUUGUAUAGCUGUUGAGAUUCCUGCACCUCUAUUGUACGUUUGUUUGUUUGUUGGAUGCUUGGAGUUGAAACUGUUCUUCCCUGUUAUCUCCAUUCUGGUGGGUUUUUGUUCAGAAAAAAUUCUUACCUCUAUCAUUGCCAUUUUGAACAUUGUGUCCAGAAUUGGGGAAAAAUUUUUUUUAAAAGUUCACAGAAAUGGUCUCUACAGUAUAGCAUGGACUUUAAAAAUCAAUUCUCAAAUCAUCUUUCCAUUGAAAGAGGAAGCUGGUGAAUGGAUGGGCCCAUUUGAUGCCGAAUUCUUCCUGCUUUAUUGUUAUUCUUGUCUUUGUUACUGGACCAGGGUUAGUUGGAAAGAUACCAAAUGUUUACAGAGUUGGCACUUACGGUUUUUGAAAAUAAAGUACCUGGAAAUAAUUGUAGCUUGGCCUUGAACUAAGAAGUACUAGGGGACCUCCAUUUGGUUUCUUUGGGACUUUGCAAGUGUUUGCUGGUCCCUUACUCAUGGCAUCAGAGAAAGGAGGAGUCAAGCUGUUCAUCUGUCUACAGGGUCUGGUGUCCUGCCAAUAACCAGCACGUUUUGGGGGUGAACCUGAGAUCUGGGACCCGUUUCAUAGCACAAUUUCAUCUGCACAGUGUCGCUCAGUAAUGCCGCCUCAGGAAUUAACUGCCAUGGGAAUUAACUCCUCACCUCCUUCUCGUCCACCCUGACACAGCGAUAUCUAAAAGCACUUAAGAGACUUUGGAACCAAACAUGCUCCUUAGGACAGUGCUCCGUGGCUUCACACUUCCCAGUCAGCCCAUUGCUUUCCUAUGUAACCUGCUUCUUUCCAGUCUGUUCCUGGGUUCCUGGUAUUUAUGCCACAUCACCCUGCCUACACCAUGCAGCUUUGGCAUUGGGCAUCUGCCCACCACGUUUCUUUUCCUAGUUUGUGAGUGAGGUCAAGACCAGAAGGAGCCUUGAAGGUCGGUUGUGCAAUAUUUAAUGCUGGAAUUGCUGUUCCGGCAGCAGACCGGCCCCAUCUGCACACACUUGAGAAAUAGAAAAACGUCUUCUCAUUUUAUCUGUUUCAAAGAAAAAGAAAGUUACUCGGGAUGAGUUUUAUUUUCUGUACUGUUUUGUGCUGUAGCUUCCUUCUGUAAUAGUUCUGUUUAAAAAAAAAAAGUGUUUUUGCCUUAGCAAUGAAUGGAUGGUGUUUGGAGAAAAAAAAAAAAAACCUUGUGUAGCCCCUUUUUAUCCUAGUGUUCAUUCCAAACAAAAUUGAUGCAAAUCUUUCUUCACUUUUUCUGGUGCGCACUGAAAUUCUACUUGAACAGUUCUCAGAAUAAAGCACUUGUCUUUUGCUCUGUU